UCACAGCCCUCACACAAAUCGAAUAAGAUUUGUGCGGCGCAUAUGUAUAGUUUUGGAGGUACAGUAUGCUACUAGUGCAAAAUUCAGACGUAUAGACUAGUAAAGUAUGUCCGACAUGAAAAGGUUCAGACACCGAAGGCUACCAAUAAAGUCUGCAGUCCGGUUUCAAGGGACUACAGGCAACAUUUCGUAAGCCUGAUUUGUUAGUGCUGGUUACUCAUAGGAUGAAACCAGAGAGGAAUGAUCGAUAAUUGGAAGAAAUCAGACGCUAAAAAGAGAAGAGGUUCGACUAAAAAUAAGGUAAAUUUGAGUUGAAUUGUGGUUUAUGAGAGGAUAAAACUUCUCGUUUAUUCUUUUUCCAAGCCUUAAAAUGGAUCAGUAAUGGUGGUUUUGUCGAUCUGGUAGCGUAACCAUGGACUUCAGUCACGCUACUUACUUGUGAUAUGUUUUUGUUGUGUGAUCUUCUGGCUUCUAAUGUUGAUGGGACAAGAGACUUUUUAAUUACACACACAAACAUUGAUAUUAGUAGGCACCACAUAUAUAUGUGCGUCACAUUUCGUCAUUAGAUUUGUAUAAGGGCUGGAAUUAUACCGGGGCGCCCAAACUGAAGUGGUUGAUUUCCUUAGGGGGCAACUCCACGAGCCUUUGACCUAAAGGUCUAACCUACAAUGCAGCGGUGCAACUUUAGGAGAUGCAGUCCCAUGGUAGUCGGUGACCAACAAUAGGGUCGCACGCCAUCCGUUCCAUCGGGAUCCUGGAGCCCAUGUGCACCAUUGAUUUGGAAUCGCGGUUUUCCAACUCCCCUAAGUAUAUCCUCCGUAUCCACCGACCCGGUUAAAGCGUCGUACAUUCGCCUUUCGUUCUCUCAAUUUCGUAAACAACAUCCCCGUCUCGAGAAAGCAGUGAAUAGGAUUUCCCUGGCAGAGGCUAUAUACGCGUGGCCGUGUGAGAGUAGAGUGGACUAUUAUUCUUUAUAUAUUCGAAUUGUAUAACUAUUCAGUAACUAGAUUAUGUAUAUCUACAUUCAUCUGAUUAUAAGCUUCAUUUUGACCUAUUGAUUAUUAUUAUUAUUAUAGGAUUUACUGUUCCCGAAAUUAUACUCAGUUUAUUGAUUAUUGUCUCCCAGGUUCACAGCCAUAUCUGGCUCGAUUUUGUACAAAUAUUAUUUUCUAUUUUAUGGUGUGAUGUGACCUGUCUGUCUGAUAUAUAAACAGAGUAUGUUUGAAAUAAACGAUCCGCAUAGAUUCGCAUAGCAGAAGCUGCUAUUGGUGUUCUGGACUCAAGUGGAAGGGCUAGGCGGAUUAAGGACCAAUGAGGACGCGAUAUUACUCAUACUGAUUGGACGUCCUUGAUUGUCACCGUGUUAAGGUCGGAGAAGUCGUUUUCUAUUGGUGGAUAAUUCACGCGAGUUACGUCCUUGUUUAAUUUGUAAGUUCAUAACAAAUUAGGGGCGACUUUGAUCAAGUCAUAACAGUUAUCUUCACCAAACACUUCACACCCACAACAUCAUAGUACAGCUGACAGUACGACUUCUCUCUCUGCCUCGUUGGAUUUGAUGCUUCUGGUUUCACAACUACCCAGAUGACCUCAAAUAAUAAACAUUCCGGUUAAUGUUGUGCAUUUAAUUCUUCACGAUAGACAAGUUUAAUAAUUGUGUCAGAGUUACAGCAACUCAUUGAUUUGAGACGUUGCCAGACAUAACUCAGAGUAGAGGACAGUGGCGAUUUUAUUCUGGUUUUUCACUGGGUUUCUCAUGUAGGAUUCAUCUUUCCGAUAAACAACCUUGAUCGUCUCGCCAACCGAACUAUCGGACCUCCCAUCUUCCAUUUUUUAUUAGCUAUAAUUUCACUUUACGUGAUAAAAUUUAAUGCGCUAUUUUACCAGAUUUUCAUGUUGUAAAUAUGAGUUAGUUUUACGGACAAUUAAUAUGUAACUUACUAGUCACUGACACUUUUACAACCUCAUUUACUUCCAGUUUUAAGUUCUUCACUUUUGUGUUUCAUAUUAACUGCUAUAUGUCGCAUUCCAUUCUGUUGUUUCAUAGUUGUUGUUUAGUCUUACUAGCGCUAAUAAGUUUCUGUUUAGCGGUGUGCUAAUACAUGAGCUAGGAUACAUUCUUUGCAUAAAUAUACACCACAUUAUGGUCUAAUGACCGUGAUUUAUUCGCCUGAGUUAUCAAUAUCGCUUCCUUGACUACAAAGUUGGAUAAUUCAUACGAUCUUUUCUGUAUCUCGUAAUUUCAUUUCAUAUUUGUCGUAAAACACUCACUACGGUUUGUGAGACUCGAUUUUAAUUGCAUGAGAACAACUGUACUAACGUGUUUUAAUGAAGUAACCCUUAAAGUUUUCGUUUAACCGACCACCAAAAGUUAUAAACGAAGUGCCUAGAACUAAGUUUAUUACAAAAAAAUUACGUAUAUGGCUGAGCUAGAGCUAUCAAACUCAUUUUCAUAUCAGUUUUUUGUAGUCACAAUCUUAAGACCGUACCUGUAAUCAUCAGUUUACAUUCUCAAACUAACCUGAACUCGACUAAGGAUCUGAGUUGUAUGAUAAUAGUUGUACCUUUUUUAUUCAAGCGGUUAGUUGUAGCUUUCCAUCACUUCCUACGUUUACUUACUUUCCAAUUCUUCUUUUUAGCUCCCACUUUACUAGAUACUGUAAAUAAAAUUCUUCCAGUUUGUUCGGACUAUUCAACAGUGGCUAGAUUUAUAGGUGGUGAGUUUCUGUUUUCAUUUAAUUAUUGAUUUUAUCUUUUCAUUCCACAUAAUCUUGGUCAGUGUUAAACACACGUUUUGUUAAAUUGCCUGCUGACAACCUCACUCUAUUAUUUUUAGUUUUAAUCUCUCUCAUUUGGGUAGCCAUGUGAUAUAACCGGUUUUCAUACAAAGAUGAAGUAAAAUGACAGGUACACAAAGCUGUACUUGGCUAGCGAUUCACAAGGAACCAAACUAUUCAGCAACGGGUGAGGAAUCUUUGGCUAAUAUUUAUAAUAGCACUGGAAUAUUACUAUACAUUAUUUUUGUUUACGAAUUAUUGUGUUCAUGACGUAUGGAAAUUUCUGAGAAUCAAAUUUUUUUAGUUUGUGAUCAGUUUUAUUUAAAUAUGUUUAUGUUUGCCAAAGAGAAGUCCACAUUCGAACAUGGAAUGGUCAACCAGGCACUAGCAGGUGCAAUGCGUGGUUUACUUAAAGAUUAUCUUAUUCUGUUAUGUCAACUUGAAUACCAGUAUAAAAUUGGUCAAUUGGGGAUAGUUAAACUGCACUUUUUUUUGCAGGAAACAGCUACCGCUUUCAAUCAGUUAACUCGCCUUGUUAAUAAUAUAAACACAGGACAAUGUUCUGGUGGUGCAGUGUUAUCAGUAUUAUAUGAUUCUUUAAGGUCUGUAUAUGGUGUUAAACAAUUACAUGAUUUAAUGCUUUAUCUCCUGCGUUCUGCUACCGUACCUUUUUUUAAAAUUCUUCAAAAAUGGAUAUAUCGGGGUGUAAUUUCUGACCCAUAUAAAGAGUUUUUCAUUUCAGCUGGAUCUAUGCCGGAUUUCUAUGAUCCUGAUAAAUCAUCUCCAAAUAACCUUCAUUCAGCUUCACUGCAGUUUGAUCGUCUUACACAAAAUUAUGUGGACUGGGCAUUCUUUUGGGAGUGCCAUUAUUCUCUUGUAUCAAUAAAUUUACCAAGUUUUCUUGAACCUAGUGCUUCGAAAAUUCUCAGUACGGGGAAGUAUUUGAAUGUUGUACAGCAAUGCGCCGAUCGUUAUGAACUUCCUACGUGUGAAGAACUUGUCUAUAAUAAAGAGCAUUCAGUGUUUCUUGAUAAGAUUGAUCAAGCUCAUAUGUAUGCAAGCAGUUUAUUAUUGAAAUUGAUGCUGCAACAAAAGGAUUUAAAAGAACACCUAAAAUCUGUUAAACGUUUCUUUCUGUUGGAUCAAGGUGAUUUUAUUGUUCAUUUUAUGGAUGCCGCUACAGCAGAAUUACGUAAAAAUAGCGAAACUAUUUCUCAACUACGUCUAAGUUCUUUAUUGGAAUUGGCACUUCGUACUAGCACUGCUAAUAGUGAUCCAUUCAAAGAUAACUUAUCCGUUGUGAUAUUUCAAUUUGAUUUAAUCUCUCAAAUUUUGAUGGUUUUACGGGCUGGAUCGGAAGACGAACCAUACCUGUUACCGAUCCAGGAUAAAAAUCUUUCAGGACUAGAGGCUUUCUGUUUGGAUUAUAGAGUUGGCUGGCCUAUUGAUUUAGUACUCAAUCGUCAAGUAAUGGAUCGCUAUCAAAUGCUUUUCCGUCAUAUUUUAUACUGCAAACAUGUUGAGAGAUUACUAUGCAACUCAUGGAUUCUAGGCAAACUUGCUCGUAAAUGUGAUAACCUUAUGACUACCUGGUUUACAACCGCUUUCCUACUGGCCCAACGAAUGCUUAUUUUCAUUCAACAUUUCCAAUAUUACAUGUCUGUUGAGAUCAUUGAACCAGCAUGGGACAGUUUUUUCAAACGCGUUGACAAAGUAUCUAAUUUGGACUUACUUUUAGACUCACAUCUACAUUUUUUGGAAGUAUGUAUGGAUGACUGUUUACUAGCUAGUCCUGACCUAUUAAGUUUAGUCGCGAAAUUAUCUGUCGCCUGUGUAACAUUUGCUAAUUUUAUCCAACACUUGACGUUCUCCAUAACAGGAGUCAAUUUAUCAUCACCUGGCGAUAAUGAUCAAUGUAUUAUUUAUCUAUCCCGGCAUGGUAAUGAUAUGAAAAGGCCUUUCUUACACGAUCCUACACCGUCAUCAAGUUUAAGUCGAACAAAGAAUGAUUUAAAAUAUGCACCUCGUGAAUCUACUACUAGUUCAGUAGAAUCUAUGAUGACAAAAGUCACUAGAGAAGAGUUUGGUAGAAUGAGCUUGUCAGAUGAUAUGGCUAAAACAGUUACGAACUUCGAUACAAAUUUCAAUAGAAUGUUAGUUGAACUCCUUGAAAAGAUCAAACAAUAUGCCAAGCAUCACAGCAAACUAUUAAGUCUAGUAUCAAGACUCGACUUCAACGAAUUUUACACUGAAUUCGCAAUGCAGUACGAUCAGAGCGAGCGAUCUCCAAAGUCACCUGGUGAUCAUGAACCUUCUCUUGAUAAAGAUACUCUCGUCGAACACAAAUCAGUACCACAAACGAACUCGGGGUCAGAUAAUGAAGAUUAUAUUUAAUAUAGGAUUUGUGUUUUCAGUUUCUUGGAAUAAAUUAUUUUUUUAUGUACCCUAACUAACGGUUCGUGAUAUGAAACUUUCGUAUUUUUGUUGUUAUUAAUCUUAGUUCCACAUUUAUCAUGUCUUAUUUUUGCUUAAUGAUCACAUUCACGUAAACAUUAUGCCGUAU